AUGAACAUCAGCCACGCACUAAGCCUUAGCCGCUCUACUGCAGCAACAAUUAUCAAGGAUAAGGACCGUAUCCUAGAGCAUGUAAAGGGAUCAGCCCCUAUGAAAUCGACUAUGAUUACUAAACAUCGAAGUGGCAUAAUGAUUGAGAUGGAAAGAUUGCUAAUUCUGUGGCUGGAAGACCAGCAUCAGCGGUGUAUACCAGUAAGUCUAAUGUUAAUUCAGGAGAAGGCUAAACGAUUGUUUCAGGCAAAAAAAAAAAGUGAAAAGGGGGAAGGGAGUGAAAGUGAAGAGUUUGGGGCUAGUAUGGGUUGGUUCAUGCAUUUCAAAGCUUGUGCCAACUUGCAUAACCUUAAGGUACAGGGUGAAGCUGCUAGUGGGGAUGAGAAAGCAGCAAGCACAUUUCCUAAUAGGUUGGCUGAAUUAAUUAAAGAGGAGGGCUACUGUGCUGAACAAGUGUUUAAUGUUGACGAGAAGGGCCUUUUUUGGAAGCAUAUGCCUAACAGGACCUAUAUCGCCAAGGAGGAGAAGACAGCACCAGGCCAUAAAGCUGGCAAGGAGAGACUGACUUUGCUUCUUGAGGGGAAUGCUGCAGUGAAGGACUACUGUGUUAGCAAGGAACUACCUUUUAAGGUGUUGCUAGUGCUGGACAAUGCCCCAGGUCACCCUGCCCACUUAAGUGACUUUAACCCUAAUGUCAAGGUGGUUUACCUUCCACCUAAUACCACUGCCCUUUUACAGCCAAUGGACCAAGGUGUCAUUGCCUCUUUCAAGGCCUACUACCUCCGGAGGACAUUUGCUAUGGCCCGUAAUGCAACUGAGAAGGACAAGAACCUGACACUCAAAGACUUUUGGAAGUCUUAUAACAUUUACAAUGCUGCACAAAACAUUGCUUUUGCCUGGGAUAAAGUGAGGCGAACAAACUUAAAUGGUGUGUGGAAAAAACUGUGCCCCCAGUUUGUGUAUGACUUCCAUGGCUUUGAGGAGUCAGUGGAGGCUGUAACAGAGAAGGUUGUUGCCAUGGGUAAACAGCUUAAUUUGGAUGUGGAGGCUGAGGAUGUCACAGAGCUACUGGCAUCACAUGGAGAGGAGCUGUCUGCUGAGGAUCUCAUUCAGCUGGAGAAGCAACUAAUUGAAGAGGAAGAGAUAGAAACCCCAGAACCCAAGAGAUUUACCACCAGGGGUUUGGCAGAAGGUUUUUCUAUGAUAGAGGAUGGGUUGGCAAAAUUUCAGGCUGAGGACCCCAGAGAUGACAGAUUCAGUAAGGUCUACAGAGCUGUUAUGGAUGCCUUGCAAUGCUAUAGGCAGAUUUUGGAAGAUAAGAAAUCAUCAACCUUCCAGACUAGCCUGGAACAAUUCUUUAAGAAGGUACAGAGGCCUGCAACAGAUCCUGUACCCUCUACAUUAGCUGCUUCUGAAGAUGAAACACCUGUAGUAUAG